AUGAUGGAGCAGUACGACAUCUAUUGCUCCACCCCCUCCGCCACCGCGCCUUCCAGCCCCGGCCGCCCCGCCUUCUACUACAGCGCGCCGGCCAGCCCAACUCACUUCGCCAUCUCCACCUCCCCUCGCCGUCCCCGCCCCCCCGCCUCCGACGCCGGCGCGCCAUUCGAGUUCGGCUUCCCCGCCGUGGAGCACAUGACCUCCGCCGAAGAGCUCUUCUGCAACGGCCAGAUCCGCCCGAUCAGCCUCUCUGCCCACUUCCGGCGACCGCCCCAGACCCUCUCCCCCCUGGCCGAACCCGACGCGUUGUUGUACAGGAGCAAGAGCGAGGGGCAAAAUAGUAAGUUCAGGGUGUCACUGUCCUUCUCGCCUGCCGCCAAGGAUAACAAGAGGAAAACGACGUCGCAGGGUAACUGCGGUGGGUUAAACAAUAGUAAAAAUAAUAACAACAGUGACGGUAAAGAGGGUAAAUUGAGUGGUCCAAAAGAUGGGGCAGGUAAAAGGAAGGGGAUGUCGGCGCACGAGGCCCACUACGCCGCAAAGAGGGCGCAGGCGGAGGAGAUGAGGAAAAAGACGUAUUUGCCCUACAGGCAGGGCUUGCUCGGCUGUUUGGGCUUCAGGUAUAGAAGCUAUGGCGCCAUUAAUGGCUUUGCUCGAGUUUUCAAUCCUGCGUAG